CCUGGAGCAUUCCCCCCUAGGCUCCCUGAUCAUGGCGGACAUGGGGCCCAGUCAGUUUGUGUGGGUCGGCGACAAGGUCAAGCUUUCGGACAUGGAUGAUGUCAGCAGCGUGGAACAGGCAUGCGCAGUGGACUCAGAUUGUUAUAUAGGCCACAUACGUAACCUUACUCCCUGUGUCGAUGGCGUCUGUCGUGGGCUGAACGCCAAGCACAACAUGAACGGGGCCUUCAGACGGAUAUUUCAGCACAUAUUAGUGCAUGGUGGGGGCGAGAUAUUGUCUUUGACACAGGAAAUGGAGAAUUUGUCAGUGAGUGCUGCCACUCUUCACUCCAGGUUAAAGCAGUUGCUUCAACAAGAGAGAUAAACACCACAAACGAAAAGUGCCAUGGUUCAAUAUUACAAUACGUACUCCAUUUCCAGGGCCGUUCGUACAAGCCCAGUCAAUAGAGAUAGUGACGUUUUCCUACAUGUACCUAGCCUCCUUCGCGAGCGGGACAGGGUUGUCUUAUAUUUUAUGGGGGGGGGGGGCGCUAGUGUCAACAGUGUAGGUGGCUAGGGUUCUUACGCUGGGAAAGGGAGUUUUGGGGCGUUCCACGGCAAAUUCCCUUUCCAGGCAUGAGAGCACCUUUGCCAACUUUAAAACUAGCGAACCAGCCAACGCCUGCAUAAAAUAAAAGCCAACCC